UUGAUCGGAUUCCGCCCCAUCACAUAUGCCACAUGUUCGGCAAAUUUUCCAAUAUCCUACCAAACACCAAGUUUAAGCUAUAAUCGGGCAUAAUCCAGGCCAUUUGUUGGUCUUUUUUGGAUUGAAUCCGCCCCCGUCCCUCUUGGCAUCGUUUUACUUAUUUAUAUUAUUUUUGUUCUUAAAAACCUACCUUGCGUUCUUGAUCGAGAGCCUCAACCCUCUCUAGUGGGUGACAAGUUUGUUAGGGACAGGAUUCGAAGCCAAUACAUGGAUCCUAUUUUGAUAAUCAUCACAAUAGUAGGAUGGAUGGCGACUCCAUUGAUGACUAAGUUGAUAAACUCGGCCCAUCUUCUUCGGAACCAGCGUAUGUCCGACCAGCUAAAUCGGCUAAAGCAAAGACUCUAUGCUAUCGGAAAAAUGGCCGAAAAUGCCCAAAUCGGCAACUGGCAGGCAGACGUCCCUUAUUUUAGAGACUGGUUACGGAGAUUCAAGGAUGUUAUUUACGAUGCCGAGGAUGUGAUUUACAGUCAUAAGCUGGACGAGAGACAGAUAGAUAAGAUUCUUGAGAAAUUUCAACGACUCACUAAUGAGAUUGAAGAUUUCCUUCAAGGGUUGAACAAGAGAGAGGAAAUCCCAACUUGGCGGAAAACCACCUAUCUCAUGUCCAGAUCCAUCAGAGGAAGAACAACGCAGAUAAACGAACUGGAAAAUUGGCUACUAAGUGAUCAAUCUACUAACUCCAGCAAAAACUUCUCUCUUCAGUCUAUAGUUGGCCCAGGAGGCAUUGGCAAGACAGUUCUUUCUCAACUUGUCUUCAACAAUCCAGAGGUGCAACAAAAAUUUGAGGUAACGGCGUGGGUCUUACUGUGCAACCCUACUACGCCCGACAUUAAAAUUAAACCCAGCCCCCGCUCAUUAUACCAAAAAAUUAUCUCUUUAUUUCAAACAAAUGAUAGUACUAACACUCCAGAGAUUCUUGAUGAGUUCGAAAGCAAAUUUGAAAGCAGAAUGAAGGGCAAAACGUUUUUUAUGGUGUUGGAUGAUAUGCGGGAGCUCCCAACCAACUGGGAUAAUUUCUAUUGGCCUCUGUUUAACUGCGGAAAACAAGGAAGCAAAAUUAUUGUUACCACCCAGUUUGAAAGAACAGCAAAUAUGAUAGACUCAGACUUGCCAAUAAAUCUUGACGUCCUAGAGCAGGAUCAAUAUUGGGAAUUAUUUAAAGAGUGUGCAUUCGGCCACAAUAGUACGCCCAGUCAUCACUCAGUCUUGGAAGAUGUCGGCCGAAAUAUAUCUAACAAAUUUGGGUGCUCGCCCUUGGCUGCAGUGGAGGUUGGACGCGAGCUGAAGUGUUCUUUAAAUAAAACACGCUGGAACUCAAUUUCUCAUAACAAAUUUUGCAUAGUCGAUCGAAGGGAUGGUGACAUCAUAUCGAUUCUGGGAUUAUGUUAUGAACAAUUACCUGAGCGUCUUAAGCAAUGUUAUCUUUCUUGUGCUCUAUUUCCUAGGAACUAUCCAUUUGAGGAAGAGGAAUUGAAUUUGAUUUGGAUUGGUCUGGGCUUUUUGCAUUUUGAAUCAAAGACAACAAACUACGUUGAUGAUUUCUCAAAAAGGUCAUUUCUAGUGAAUGCAACUAGAACAAAUGGUAGGUACGUGUUCCAUCAUGUGUUGCAUGAGCUUGCAGAAUACAUAUCAGAUGGAGAAUUUCUCAGACUCGAGGAGGAAAUCAGGGGAUGUGAGGAUACAGAAAUCCCAUCGCACACUCGUCAUUUGUAUAUUAAUGCUAAUAAUUUUGUCGAGGCUACAAAAGCUUUGGGAAAGAAUAGCAAAUUGCGCAGCCUUGUAAUUGUGGGUGGUUUAUCAAUCCCCGAUCAUAAAAGGACCUUCUUGAAAUAUCUUGAGAAAGUACUAGAAAAAUUAGAAUUCCUGCGAUUCUUGGUGCUUCCCCUGCCUCCAACGAAUUUAUCAGAGACAGUUGGCACUUUAAAAUAUCUGCGGUACCUUCAGUUCCCAAAAAAUCAGCAGGAGUUGCCCAAGCUAUCCAAUUCAAUUUUGGGAAAAUACAAAUUAAAACUGUGGAAUGGUUGUAAUUAUUUGUUGGUGAGCAAUGACAUUAAUAAAUUGAUCCAACGGCACUGCAGCUUGGAAAAUAUAGAAGAUCUAUCUGAUCUAGUACCGUAACUGCUGAACUUGCUCUAUGGCACACCACCUGAGUCAGCUACUUCGGUACUUUCAUCAUUUAGCUGGGUGUUGUCUUACUCUUAUUCGCGGUUCUAUUAAUUUCUGUUCUAUGCUCUCCUGUUUAAUGUGGUGUAAGUUAUUGAAAUUUCUAUGUUCUAUCAUGCAUGUUGAAAACACUCCUGGAUGAUGCCAAUUAAGCCUUUUGUUACUUUCUGAUUGA